GGGCUGUCCAUGACAUAUAGUACUCUAACGUACUAGCUAAGUAUUUUGUUCAUUGCAAUGUAAUACACUCACAAUAAAGAAAAGCCUUCUUCGUUUAAUACCUACCUGUUACAACGUUGUUCCCGCGCGUGGUACUUACGACGCCCGGACUUCUGUCAUUUUUUCCGAUUCCGUGAUCCAUUUUAUUGUGCCACACCGCCAAAUCUCUAAUCUAGGACGGAAGUAUUUCCACAAAAUUUGGAGGUUGGAGUUCCUAUCUACUCCGAGUCCUUCGCAAUAACCCCGCUUCCUCGAGCUUGGCUGCGGCGCCGGACUACCCAUUACGGAAAAGCUUCCAUCAUACCCGGAAGUUCAUGUUACUGCCAACGACAUUUCAUGUUACUGCCAACGACAUAUCGACCACCCAGAUCGAACUUGCGAGGAAACAUUUACUCGGGCCUGCAGAAGAAAAUGCUGGAAACUCGGGACGCUUGACUCUUAUCGAGGGGGAUAUGACAAAGCUCUCGUUUACCGACCAAUCCUUUGACGCUAUAUUCGCCUUCUACAGCUUGAUACAUCUCCCUCGUACGGAACAGACUGAGAUUAUUGGAAAGAUUGCACGGUGGUUAAAGCCUGGCGGCUACCUGGUCGCCAACUUUGCUAAUAGUGACCUGGAGGCGGUUGUAAUGGAGAAAUGGCUUGACAAGAACGACUGGAUGUUUUGGAGUAGUCGGGGUAAAGAUGAGACGUUGAAAAUAAUAGAGGAAGCCGGAUUGAAAGUCGUAGUUGGCGAUGUAAAGAAGGAUGAGGUUGAUGCCUCGUUUCUUUGGGUCAUUGGGAAGCGAUAAUGUGAUUGUUACGAACCUCCAGGAGGAAAAGUCACGUGGAGGACACGAGACCCAAAAAGUUGAAUCAUGAGUAUGAGGCAAUCCGCAUCUAUGAUUCACGAUUCACUCGGAAUACACAGAAGGCAGAAUGAAUAUAAGAAAGGAGGAUCUCCUUGUGUAUCUAGUCAUUCAUUCUGCAGCUAUCAAUCUAAGCCUAAUAUCUAACACA